GGACAGCCCUCUCUCAUCCACCUAUACCGCCACUGCAUAUCUAACAACCACUUUCGCGGACCAUCCAUCGACCCCCCUCACUCGAACGACCACCCCCGCGCGACUGGACCUGAAUCUAACAUCAGCGGCGAUGCAGGCCCUCAAGAAUGCCGCCCUCGGCCUGCUGAACGUCUAUGUCUCACCCUACGUCGAGAACUUGAACGCCCAGGACUUGUCUCUGUCCCUGUUCAGCGGUAACCUCCAAUUUCACGGUUUACACCUCAAAAAGUCUCUGCUCGAACGAUUCGGCCUGCCGGUAGAAAUUGUCGCAGGAGAUAUUGGUACUCUGUCAGUAUCCAUCCCGUGGACAGCCCUCAAGACGCAGCCCGUCAAGAUUGUCAUCGACGACGUCUAUGUUUUGGCAAGAGCGAGACCUCCCGGAAAGGUAGAUCCGGAAGAAGACGAACGAAUAGAGCAAGCGACCAAGCAAGAGAAAUUGAAGAGCGCAGAGGCUGUUGAUAGUGCAGCCAACCAGGUGGGGCAAGGAGCGCACGAUGAUUCCAAACAGACUUAUGUGGGAGCGAUUGUUUCCAAGGUCGUAGACAACGUACAGAUUCACAUCAAGAACAUCCACGUGCGAUACGAAGACGGCACCAGCACACCCGAACACCCCUUCGCGGCCGGUAUCACCCUCAACGAGUUCAAGGCUGUCUCCACCGACGCGAACUGGGUGGAGGCCUUCAUCCACGACAGCCUCAAUGGUGUACACAAACUUGUGCAGCUCGGAGCACUGGCAAUCUACUUUGACACCGACACUGGAAGCCUCGAUAAGGGCGCCGAAGAUAGAUCCGGCACGAUCAAUGCUCUCAGAAGCAUGCUCGCCGGGUCUCCCAAUCACCAAUACAUCUUGAAGCCCGUCACAGGCGAAGCCCGAGCCAUCAUCAACAAACACAUGUCAAAUGAAACACCCAAAUUCGACGCGCAAGUCAUCUUUGACGAGAUCGGUGUCGUGAUCGACCGCGACCAGUAUCGAGACGUCUUGUCUGUCGUUGAUGUGUUUCACUUUUACCGCCGAACGCAUCAGUAUCAUAAGUUCUUGCCAGCCGCGCAAGAGGCCAAGGAAACGCCUGCCCAGCGACGCUGGAAGUUUGCAUUCGACGCUAUCCGGUCAGAAGUCCAUGAUCGCAACAAGCGCUGGUCUUGGGCGUACCUUGCAGAGAGACGAGAUACGCGAAAGAAGUACGUUGAACUGUAUGUUCAAAAGCUGGCAUUGCCAGAAGGCAAACAAUUGCCGGCAGACGAAGAAGCUGCCAUUGCCGAGAUUGAAACCAAAGCGUCAUACGAAGACAUUCGAUUCUUCCGCUCUGUUGCCCGCGCCAGGGCAAAGAAAGACGCCGUCACUCGACGCAAAAUGGAACUCGAACGCCAAAAGAAUCAACCCCAAGUCCAAACAUGGGGUCAAUGGAUCUGGGGCUCUUCAGCACAGUCGACCAAUUCGGAGAAUGGUAUCUCUGAAGAGGAGAAGAAGGAGUUGGACGACAUUAUCGACUACGAUGCGGCGGCGGCUGAAGAGACUGCCAUCGAGUCGACACCGCGCGAUUUCAUGAAGGCCCGAGUGUCUGCCAAACUCAACAAGGGAUCUUUGGCUCUGCGAACCGACCCGCAUGGCAAGAACAAUGAUAUCAUUGCUCUUGUCUUUGACUCGUUCUCUGCAGAUGCAGUGCAGCUCACCGAUUCCAUGACUGGCAAAAUGGCUCUCGGCGGCUUUAGAGUCUAUGACGGUACAACCCCCGGCUCGCUCUACCCGCAAAUCGUCCGAGUCAAAGAUAUUGAGAAAAAGGCGAGCCAGAUCAGCCUCGCGCAAGAAGGCGUUGAAGGCGCACUUGAUAGUAUCGGCGACAAAUCGCAAGACAGCUCGGAUCCCUUCUUUGUCGUUGAAGUCGAACAGAACCCUCUUGACGGCCGAGCGGACAAUGCUGUUACUGUCAAGAUGAGACAUCUCGAGAUCAUCUACCAUCGAGGCUAUGUGGAGGCUGUGCAUCAGUUCUUUAGGCCCCCAGAGAGUCAGCUGGAGUCGAUAGGCGCUCUUUUGGAUGCUGCUGGGCAGACGUUGGAUGGUCUCAGAAAGGAGACGCGAGCAGGUUUAGAGUAUGCUUUGGAGCAGCACAAGACUAUCGACCUCCGAGUUGAUAUGAAUGCCCCCAUCAUCGUCAUCCCAAUGGACGUGACAGUCAAGAAGAGUGAAACUCUUGUUCUCGAUGCUGGUCAUAUCUCGGUCAACAGCAGUCUUGCCGACAAGCAGCAACUGCAAGAUGUUCAAAGCAAGCGAGGGAAGCAAUAUAGCGAGGAUGAUUACAAACAGCUCGAAGACUUGAUGUAUGACAAGCUCAAUUUGAGAUUGGAGUCUACCCAGCUGCUUAUGGGCGAUGAUGCCGACGCUUGCAUGCGAGCACUUGAAGACACCGACAACUCCUCCGCCUACGAGCUUCACGUCGUCGAGCGCAUUGGCAUGUCUUUUACUGUCCAAAACGCCAUCGUGAAUGCUCCCAAUUUGACCCGCUUCAAGAUCGCCGGUGAAUUGCCGACUCUACACGUCAACUUUUCCGAUAGGAAAUACAAGACACUGAUGAAGUUUAUCGAUGUGUCAAUUCCCAAGUUUGGUGAUGAAGAUGAGGAACAGAAGGAUCAAUCUGUUGCGGCCAAGGGCAGGAGGCACUUUGGAAGAAGGCAGCCUGUGGAAGAGUUCAACUUUGAUGAUGAUCGGUCUAUCGUGUCAGCCAAGACCAUCGAAGAGAGGGAUGACAGCAGGGAUGACAGCAGUUCCAUCGGUGACAAGGGCGAUCAUUUCUAUGAGGCGAAUGAUGAUCAAACAGAGAGCCAGAAGAGUGCCCUUCGACAAGUCACCUUUGAAUUCUCCUUCUCUGUUGGCAAGCUUCAAGCGUCACUUUUCAAAUCUAUAUCGCCCACGGAAGAAAGACCCUUGGCGGAUGCCGUCCUGGAAGGCUUCGGUCUUACUUUUGCUCUGCGCAAAUGGGACAUGUCGGUGGAUUUGUUCCUCCGAUCUGUCACUUUGGCUAUGAUUGAGCAUGGAAGCGCACGAAAGCCUCUGCUUUCGUCUGCUACCCACGGGGAGGAGUCUCCUUCGGACCUCAAGCUGGUCCAGGUCAAGUACCAGAAGGUUCAAAAAGAGUCACCCGAGUUCAUGACCAAACAUGAAGGGGUGGACACCAGCAUCGAGACUGAGCUGUCUACCUUCCGCUUCACUAUUGCGCCAGAACCCAUCCUGUCUCUCUACGACUUUAUCAUGACCACUUUCGUUCCAAAAGAUCACGACAAUGCCGAAGAGACUGCUGUAGCCAGCACUCAGGACAAUAAUAUCGAAGAAGAGAAGUCGACGGACAAGAUGAGGAUCCGAGUCAAAUUGACAAGCGCCGAAGUGCUUCUGGAUAACAAUGCCAAACAAUUUGCCAUGUUGACGUUGCCUUCUGCGGAUGUUGCCAUCUUGCUUCGAGGAGGCACUCUUCGAGUAGGCGCAAGGCUCGGUGAUCUUUCUUUGGACGACUUGUCGGAUGACGCGGUGGCGGACCCGACUUUCAAGAAGUUGCUGUCCAUCGAAGGUGGAGAACUGGCCGACUUUAGCUACGAAACGUUCGAUUCCACGGACGAAGAGACUUUCCCGGGUUACAACUCGUCCGUCAACCUCCGAGCAGGUUCUCUCAAGUUUACUUUCAUGGAGAGACCUGUGCACGACUUGUAUGCCUUUGCCAUCAAGUUUGCUCGGAUGAAGGCCGUCUACGAUGCUGCCCAGCAAGCGGCAGUCCAGAGAGCAUCAGAGGUCACCAGGAUGCACUAUGACAUUGUGGUCAAGACGCCUAUCAUCGUCCUUCCUCGUGAUGGUCUCACUUCGAAAGAUCGGCUCGUUCUUCGACUUGGUGAAAUUGUCGCCAAAAAUCAGUAUCUCGAUGACCCCAACGAUACUAGCACGAUUGACGCUAGUUUGCGGGGCAUCAAUGUGGCCUCUGAGAUUGCCCUGAAUGACAAGACGGUCACCUUGCAGAUGGUGGAUGAUGUUGCUAUCACCGCUGCAAUCAAACAAGCAGGAGGGUCAAGUCACAGGGUUGAUCCCCACCACGCAGAUACCGAGAUCACAACAGACAUGUCUGAUGUCAAGCUCUCCCUGACUCAGAGGCAGUAUAUCUUGCUCAUGAGUGUCCUCCAAUCGCUCCCUCGGGCUCUUAGCUUCGACGACGAUGACGGUGACUUCUCUCCCGAUGAAUCUACAGCCAUCACUCCGAACACCUCGGUGCCUCCUACACCGAUUGGUGAGGAACCACCACAGAUUACCGAUGUCAGCCUCGAGCCGGAGCUCGUAGUGGCUAAAGUAGACGACAACACUGGUGACGUCAAACAAUGGACAUCCCUCGACUUUGUGUUCUCCGUGAACUCUAUUGCUCUCGAGAUCUACAAUGUGGACGCUGUUGCCGAAGAGGAUCUGAAACAGAAUAGCAUUGCUCGUUUCGCUCUUGUUGGCUCUCAUGUCGGUUUCAAAAAGUUGUCGGAUGGGGCCAUGGAAGCAGAGCUGUCUCUCAAGACGCUCGCUUUCUCGAGCACACGAUCAGGCAAUAGCGUUUUCCGUGAUAUCAUCCCGCCCGCGAGCCACAAUGGCAAUCAAGUUAUGCUUCAGUAUACCAUGGCCGGUGGCGCGGAUCAAUCGGCUUUGGCUAUAGUCACCAUCGACAGUCCUCAUUUCAUACUAGCAGUCGAUCCCCUCGCUGCUCUUCUAGAGUUCGCUGUCAGCCCAUUCAACAAGUCCCAGAGCGAAGAGGCUGAGCUCGAGGCCGUCGACGACGAUGACCUUGAGGAGGGGCCCAAGCAAGGCGGUGCUCUGUCAUUCAGAGUAGAGAUUGUCAACGCCACUGUGAUUGUCAUUGCAGACGACACAAACCCAAAAACUCAGGCUAUUCAGCUCAAUAUCCGAGAGCUAUUGGUGUCCCAACAAAGCAUACUCGCAGUCAAGGUCGACCAAUUGGGUAUGUCCUUUGGCCGCAUGGACCGCCCGAACGAUCGGGUCAAAUUCCUAGAUGACCUCAGCGUUGCGUUGUCUUUGGAUACUCGACGCAAGGGUUCGCAGCAGAUGACCAACUUUGAUAUCGACAUCCCUGAUCCCGUCAUCUUCCGCGCCUCUUAUACCAAUGUGAUGCUGAUCACCGACAUCGUCAACAAAGCCAGUGCUGUUGCCACAAAAGCCUUGUCCCCUGCAGAGGCCCCGAAGGAUACUUCCGAAAGAGAGAGGUCAAACAGUCUGGCUGCGACUAGCUCCCUUGAUGCUUCUACCGUCGCAGCCGUUGCUUCGAAGCAAAGCCGAAGGCGAAGCUCAGCUGGCCGCCGAACCUCGAUAAGCAGGAGGAGGCAGUCGUUGGAGAGAGCACAAGUCAUCGUCUCUAAAGAGCAGUUGAAGGCGCGUGUCAACGGGUUCCAGUUCGUUGUCGUUGGCGACCUUCAAGAGAUGCCUAUGGUCCACUUGUCGACGACUGAGUUCAAUCUUUCUAUCAAUGACUGGUCGGGAGAUCUGAAAUUGGCCACUUCUAUAACCACUUCCAUCCGCUACUUCAACCUUGCGAACUCGUACUUUGAGCCACUUAUGGACCCAUGGAAGUUUGAUCUUAGGGUCAAUCGUAUCUCAGCGGGUGCAGGUCACAACCCCCUCAACGUCAAACUCUCUGCGCGCGAACGCCUGGAGAUCAACCUUACAUCGGCCUUCAUCGAGCUUGCUAUCACUUCCAUGACCGUAUGGAGCAAGGAGGGAGAGAGAGCAUUAGCUGGAAAGGGGUCCGAUGCGCCUUUCAGGAUCAGAAAUGCGACCGGACUGACCAUCCUUCUCUGGCCUGAGGGCGUUGACCCUAAUAAGCCCGUGACCGGAGUCAAGCGGCUUGACGAUGGAGCCGACGUACCCUGGCGGUUCGAGGAUCGAAAGCAGACCCGUGAAAAUAUCUCCUCAGUCCGUCACAAUGCCUUAGGCAUUCAGCUCCAGGACACACCUUGGGAAUCUCUCCGGGGUAUAUCUGUAGACCGUGAAGGAGACCACACGUAUGCUCUUCGACCCAGGCUUGACAAGGUCUCCCACCAGAUCACAUGCGAGAUCAAGCUUGUCAAUAACGUGAAGGUCAUCACUUUCAGGUCAACCCUGAAUGUUGAAAACCAGACGAGUCUUCCCGUAGAAAUGAUCGUCAUCGACUCCCACGGCAAAGCUGCUUCGGAGGCUUUGAAGAUCAACCCGGGAGAAUCUUGCCCUCUGCCACUUGAGGCUGCUUUCGAGAAACGAUUCAGGCUGCGUCCUCUCCGUGGAUUCGGCUUUGACUACAGUUGGUCUGCUCCUCUACAUUGGAAGAGUUUACUUGCAAAACCCAUUCGCCCCAUAAGCUGCAAACAUCAAACUGCAAAGGAGCCCGCUUUCUACUUCCAGGCACAAGCCAACUACGACGUCAAGGAUCCAGCUGCCAAGAUCUACCCUAGGAUGAACCUGGUCCUCCGGGCGCCUGUCGAAUUGGAAAACCUGUUGCCUUACAAUCUGAAAUUCAAAAUCCAUGACCGUAACACUGGUCUAAGCUCUAGCAAUUAUCUGGUCAAAGGCGGAUCCAGUCCGAUUCAUACGGUUGAACUUUCACACAUGUUCCUCCUCAAUGUCGCCCCAGAGGAUACAGGGUUCAAACAGAGUGAAUACGCCAUUAUCAAUACCGACGAUCCUGAGCUUCCUGUUGAAGACCAUUUCCAACUCGCCGACCAGCAAGGGUUGACGACACACUUGAAGCUUCAUUACAUCACUUAUCCCAACUCUGGUGGUGCUUUCAAGGUACAGAUAUACAGUCCCUUCAUCUUCAUGAACAAGACCGGUCUGCCUUUCGACUUGGCAGCCAAGACUUGGACUGGGGGACAGCGACCCAUCGCUGGACGCGACAUAUUUGAGAGCGAUUGGCAACGAGAGACUCCCACACCAUUCCUGCUUUCCUUCCCCAAUGACGACCGCCGCAAUCGACUGCAUGUCCGGGUGAACAAUUCGAAAUGGUCCCAGCCUAUAUCCUUCGAGCCUGUGUCAGCUGACAUGCAAAUCUCUCUGGGCAAUGCCUCAGGGGAGAAGGAUAACUUUGUUGGCCUCUCAUAUGCGGAAGGGACUGGCAAGUACAAGCUGACAAAAGUCAUCACCAUCGCUCCAAGGUUCAUGGUCAAGAACACGUACAAUCGACCUAUCAGGGUCCGACAGUAUGGUACCAGAAAUGAGUACCCCGUCGGGGUCAACGAGAGAAUACCCAUCCAUCAGUUGUCGAACAAUGCCCCUCCACAGUUGAUCAUGUCUUUCGAUGAGCCCGACACGGAUUGGUCGGCUCCCUUCAACAUUUCUGACAUUGGGCGAACACAUAUUGCAGUCCAGCGGCAAUCAAGGGGUUCACCAAAGACAUACUUGAUGCGUGUCGAGACUCAUUUGGAAGGCUCAAGCAUCUUCUUGUACAUCUCAAGGGAAAAAGAGGACGCGUGGCCUUUACGAGUCGCGAAUGACACCAACAUCCCGCUUGCAUUCCAGCAAACGGAUCGGGAUCCGGUGACGACCGACAAAGAACGUCAACGCCCUGUCCACAUUCUCCCCCCUCACUCGGUCCAAAACUAUUCUUGGGACUGGCCGACGGCACCGACGAAACAGAUCAAACUUUUCGCGAACCCUGGAGAUCUUCGUAAAGGGGAUAAGGGUAUUGAGCUCCCGAGUUCAAUCGACUUGAUGGCCAUUGGUGUACAACCACCAAUGAGAGUCCCUUCCAAUGAUCCCAAGAAACGCUCGGCUACAGUGUCGGUGGACGUGCGCGCAGACGGAGGCUCUCAAUUGCUCACGAUAUCGCCUUACAACGAGGAGACCAGCAUCUACAAACCGACAAGGCCUGGAGCUGGCAUCCGACGAAGCGAGAGCUCGACCUCGCUUUCCUCUUCUACAGUGGCUUUCGAGACGAUUGCCGUCAGCGAGAAGGCUACUUUGAACGUAGUAGUCGAGCUGGAAGGUAUUGGCAUAUCUGUCAUCACCAGAAAGCCCGAUGAGCUCUUGUACUUGUCACUCAGAGGUCUCAAGCUGGGCUAUUCCGAUUACCCACAGUACUACGACGCCUUCAUAGAUUGCAAGUGGAUUCAGAUCGACAACCAACUGUUUGGGGGUAUCUUCCCCAUCAUCUUGUAUCCCACUGUGGUGCCGAAGGAUGGCAAAGAGCUUGAUUCUCACCCGACUCUACAGUCAUCAGUCACGAUACUGAAAGAUCAAUCUCACGGCGUUAUUUUCGUCAAGUACGCCACUAUCUUACUUCAGUCCAUGACGAUCGAGAUGGACGAAGACUUCUUGUUCGCCUUAUUAGACUUUGUGAAGUUCAAGGGGGCAUCGUGGCAAGAAGAUACACAGGACGCUCUCAUUGAGCAUCCCAAAGAGAUACCCGAGCCGGACAUUACAUCUACCAAAGCGGACGUCUUCUUCGAAGCUCUACAAUUACAGCCGAUCGCCCUGGAACUUUCCUUCAUGCGUACAGACAGAGUGAAUGUCGACGAAAAGGUAUCCACUCGUAACCCAUUCUAUUACGCCCUGAACGCUCUCACCAUGACCUUGGGUAACGUCAAUGCUGCGCCGUUGGCCUUCCGCGCUCUAUUCCUCGAGAAUGUGCGCUUGAGUAUACCUUCGCUGCAAGAAAGAGUCAUUCUGCAUUAUCAAGAGCAAUUCAUCUCUCAGAUCUAUCGAGUGCUUGGUUCAGCAGAUUUCCUUGGUAAUCCUGUGGGCUUGUUCAACAACAUCAGCUCUGGGUUCUCCGAUUUCUUCUAUGAACCCUACCACGGUAUGGUCAUGCACGGAAACAAGGAUAUUGGACUGGGUAUCGCUAGGGGUGCCACCAGCUUCGCCAAGAAGACGGUAUUCGGUAUCACCGAUAGUAUGACAAAAUUCACAGGCAGUAUCGGUAAAGGCUUGUCUGCUGCGACUCUAGACGCCGAGUUUCAGAACAAGCGGCGUAUGACUAGGCGACGUAACAAGCCCAAGCAUGCUCUAUAUGGUGUCGCCGCUGGCGCGACCGCCUUUGCCGAUAGUCUGACAAGCGCAUUUGAAGGCGUAGCUUCCAAGCCAUUCGAGGGAGCAGAGAAGGGAGGAGCAGGCGGGUUUGCAAAGGGUGUCGGCAAAGGAUUCGUUGGAUUGUUCACGAAGCCCGCCGUUGGAAUAAUGGACUUUGUCUCCAAUUCCGCCGAAGGCAUUCGAAACACGACAACGGUCUUUGACCAAGCCGAGCUCGACAGGGUCAGGCUACCCCGAUACAUCGCUCAAGAUGGAGUUUUGCGGCCUUUCUCGGGUCGAGAAGCAUUAGGGCAAUCUUGGUUGAAGGAUCUUGAUGCUGGAGCCUUCUUCCACGACUCGUAUAUCGCACACAUCGAUCUCCCUGGAGAUGACGCCAUCUCCCUGUUGUCCAAUAAUCGCAUUCUUCAAGUGCAGUUGCGCAAGCUUCGGGUGAUCUGGCAGGUACCCUUUGAAGAUCUUCAGUCUCUGUCUUUGGAGGCAAACGGAGUUAAUCUGGUGAAUCGAGACGGGAGAGGAGGACCAUUCUUGCCUAUACCAGAAAAGGCAGCACGAGAAUGGUACUUCAAGCAGAUCGGAAGGUGGGUGGUCAACUGCAAUUCCCGGUUGGGUCCUAGCCAUGCUGACCAAACUGUAGAGUGGUGACCGCCUAUAACAAGGCCCAUAGUCAGAGAGACGAUUGAUAGCGCUAUUUUCUCGGAGUUGUUUGAUCCAGUUGUUAUCUGAACAAUGGACAGUCCAAGAAGUGAAACGGAGUGUACAACAGUAAAAUGUGUUUUGGUCUUUGGGUGUCCUUCUGCCGCGUACCUACUAUAGACGCAAUGUACGAUAUAAAGACAUGCAUAGAAUGAAUUUGGACAAGA